AGCCUCGCCUCUGGAGGCGGGCCCUGGGGCGGGGCGGGGAGGUCGCGUCAACCCGGGGCGGCCCCGCCUCCCUCCGUGCGACCUUGCUGCGGCAGCGGCGGCGGCGCCCGAGCGGCCGGGCGGGCAGGCGGCUGGGCAGUGGGUGCCCAUGAGCCGCGCCGAGCGGAGUGCAGCGCAGCGCCCAGCCGCGGCCCACCUGGCGCCAGGUGGCAGGUGAGGAAACCGAGGACCAGAGGAGUUAGGUGAUUUGCCAGGGUCACAUGAGAGGUACCCCAGUGUCCUCCCCGAAGGGAUGAAUCCAUCUGCUCUGAGCUAAAGAUCGGGUCCCUUGCUAGGCCGCUCGCCCACCCGCGCUGCUUGGCAGGAUGAGGGCCUGGAAGGCCGUGGCCAUCACAGGGGCCUUCAUGAGCGUGGAUGUGGGCAUCACUACGGUGCUCUAUGCCUUCAGUCACCGAGACCGGGGCGUGCUGCAGGACCUGAGGGACUUCAACAUCUUUGACUCGGUGCUGGACCUCUGGGCCGCCUGCCUGUACCGGAGCUGCCUGCUUCUGGGGGCCACCAUUGGCGUGGCCAAGAACAGCGCCUUGGGCCCUCGGCGGCUUCGGGCCUCCUGGACCUUCAUCACCCUGGUGUGCCUCUUCGUGGGCAUUUACACCAUGGUGAAAAUGCUCCUCUUCUCUGAGGUACGCAAGCCCAUCCGGGACCCCUGGUUCUGGGGCCUCUUUGUCUGGACCUAUGCCUCCAUCGGGGCCACGUUCUUCCUCUGGUGGCUGCUGUCCACUGUGCGGCCGGGCCACAGGGCCCUGGAGCCAGGGGCACCGGGCGAGGGCAUGGACUACCCCACAGAGGGGCAGCCAAAGCAGGAGGAGGCAUCGGGGGCCACGCUGCAGAAACUGCUGUCCUACACUAAGCCUGACCUGGGCUUCCUGGUGGCUGCCUCCUUUUUCUUGGUGGUGGCAGCUCUUGGAGAAACAUUCCUUCCCUACUACACUGGCCGGGCCAUCGAUGGCAUUGUCAUCCAGAAGAGCAUGGACCAGUUCUCCACAGCCGUGGUCAUCAUGUGCCUCCUCGCUAUUGGCAGCUCAUUUGCCGCAGGUAUUCGGGGCGGCAUUUUUACCCUCGUCUUUGCCAGACUCAACAUCCGCCUCCGUAACUGCCUCUUCCGCUCCCUGGUGUCGCAGGAGACGAGCUUCUUUGACGAGAACCGGACAGGGGACCUCAUCUCCCGCCUCACCUCGGACACCACCAUGGUCAGUGACCUCGUCUCCCAGAACAUCAACAUCUUUCUCCGAAACACGGUCAAGGUCACCGGCGUGGUCGUCUUCAUGUUCAGCCUCUCGUGGCAGCUCUCCCUGGUCACCUUCAUGGGCUUCCCCAUCAUCAUGAUGGUGUCGGACAUCUACGGCAAGUACUACAAGCGACUCUCCAAAGAGGUCCAGAAUGCCCUGGCCAGGGCUAGCAACACAGCCGAGGAGACCAUCAGCGCGAUGAAGACGGUCAGGAGCUUUGCCAAUGAGGAAGAGGAGGCUGAGGUUUACUCCCGGAAGCUGCAGCAGGUGUACAAGCUGAACAGGAAAGAAGCCAUGGCCUACACGUACUAUGUAUGGGGCAGUGGGCUCACUCUGCUGGUGGUGCAGGUCAGCAUCCUCUACUACGGGGGCCAUCUCGUCAUCUCGGGCCAGAUGACCAGCGGGAACCUCAUCUCUUUCAUCAUCUAUGAGUUUGUUCUGGGAGACUGCAUGGAGUCAGUCGGCUCUGUCUACAGUGGCUUGAUGCAGGGGGUAGGAGCAGCCGAGAAGGUGUUUGAGUUCAUUGACCGGCAGCCGACCAUGGUGCAUGAUGGGAGCCUAGCCCCCGAUCACCUGGAGGGCCGCGUGGACUUUGAGAACGUCACCUUCACCUACCGCACCCGUCCUCACACGCAGGUCCUGCAGAAUGUGUCCUUCACGCUCUCCCCGGGGAAGGUGACAGCCCUCGUGGGGCCCUCAGGGAGUGGGAAGAGCUCCUGCGUCAAUAUUCUGGAGAACUUUUAUCCCCUGGAGGAGGGCCGGGUGCUGCUGGAUGGCAAGCCCAUCAGCUCCUAUGACCACAAGUACCUACACAGAGUGAUCUCCCUGGUGAGUCAGGAGCCUGUUCUGUUUGCUCGCUCCAUCACAGACAACAUCUCCUACGGGCUGCCCACGGUGCCCUUCGAGAUGGUGGUCGACGCGGCCCAGAAGGCUAAUGCUCACGGCUUCAUUAUGGAGCUACAGGACGGCUACAACACAGAGACUGGAGAAAAGGGAGCCCAGCUGUCUGGUGGUCAGAAGCAGCGAGUGGCCAUGGCCCGAGCCCUGGUCCGGAACCCGCCGGUCCUCAUCCUGGACGAAGCCACCAGUGCCCUGGAUGCAGAGAGUGAAUACAUGAUCCAGCAGGCGAUCCACGGCAACCUGCAGAAGCACACGGUCCUGAUCAUCGCCCACCGCCUGAGCACGGUGGAGAAGGCGCACAGCAUCAUCGUGCUGGACAAGGGGCGCGUGGUGCAGCAGGGCACGCACAAGCAGCUGCUGACCCAGGGCGGCCUCUACGCCAAGCUGGUGCAGCGCCAGAUCCUGGGACUGGAGGCGGGCACGGGGGACGACAGCGGGGGCGGCCGGCCCGAGACGAUGCGCUUCCCCCCCGGCCACCAGGAGCCCCCGGACGGGCACAGCGAGGCGCCCAAGGCGUGAGGCCCUCCUCCCCGCCCCCCACCCCCGCCCCAGCAUGGGAGCGGGGCCGCGCCGGCAGAGGCACCGAGGGAGGCCCGGGGCGGACUCUGCCGGGCCGGGCCGGGCCGUCUCACUGAGGGCAGAGGCUCGGCCCCCUCCCAAGGUCAGGGCCCGCCUCCCGGUGAGCCCGUUCCGCUUCAUGCUCCCCUCCUCACCUCCCCCCGCCCCCCCUCCCCAGCCCCCCGCCCCCUCCCGCCGGCGCCUCUGGGCUGGGCUCCUGGCAGAGCCUGGAGGAGCUCCCCGUCCCGGGCCCUGCCCCCCACCGCUGCCCCGGCAGGACCCCGCGGGCCGUCUCCCAGGGGGCCCACGGGGGCCGAGGUUUCCCUGGGCCUUUAAUCCUCGGGCCCCCGGCUGCUCCCCGGUGCGGCUUCCCUUUGUUGUUCCUUAAAAAUCAUCUCUCCAUUAAAUCGUGAGGAAGGACUCUGGGUGAGCCCCCUGAGAAAUGCCCCAAGCCUGCCUCCCCUCCCCCCUGUCCCCCCCUCGGGGCCGUCCCCAGGCUGCCCCGCCCUCGGGCCCCAGGGGCCGGGGGGGGGGGGGGGAGGGGGGCAGCCCCUCCCUUUGUCCCCGCCUGCUGAGUGAGGAGAGGGUCCGAGGAGCGGCCACGGCCCGGCGGCCCCUGACUCCCGCCGUGUCCUCCCCCCUCCGGCCGCCCACGCCAGGCCCGUCUCACUGUGAACCGCGCGAACCUUAACCCUGGGGAGUGAGGGGCCUUGGGCGCCGGGCCCAGGGCAGAGCCCGGCACUGCCUUGAGGGGCUGGCGCCCAUCUCCAGCACUCUGGCCCCGCCCGUGCCGGCGGCAGCCUCCUCCUCUCCUCCGGCCUCGGCUGUUCGCGGCCCUUCCGGUUGUGACGUUCUGUUCCCUCGGUUCGCAGGGCUGCCGGGGGUCGGGGGGCUCAGCCUGUUUGCGGGCUCUCUCGGACCCUCGGGGGCCUCCUCUCAAUAAAGUACUACCUCUGUCCCUCCA